AUGUUGCUCGCCUGUCCACAAUGCACUCUUGAGAACCCUCUCGACGUGACGCACUGCGUGUGCUGCACGUCGGUGCUUUCGCCCGACGAUCGCAUCCGCACGCUUCUGAACCAAGUGCACUUGCUCGCAUCCGAGCUCCACGAUGCGCGCGCUAUCAUCGCGUCUCUACCCCAUCGGCAUAUAUCACCACCAAUGCCUCGAACCCCACCAACCACCGUUGUCAACGUCAACGCACAGAGCCUCCGACGCAUGGGCUACCGUAGCCUGGACGCGUGGUUGGCCGCGUCGCCGCACCACAAGUAUGUGGGUCGUGGCAUGGCGGCGCGCGACGGCAAGCCCGCGAUGCCUGGCAGCGUCUGGGGCAAUCCGUUCAAGAUCGGCCGUGAUGGAACCCGCGACGAUGUCGUUCAACAGUACCGGGACUACAUAACGGACAAAAUCACGCGCGGGGACGUCGACUUGAGCGAUGUGCGCGGGAAGGUGCUCGGGUGCUGGUGCAAGCCCGAGGGUUGUCACGGCGACGUUCUCGCCGAGCUAGCCGAUGCGCAUACCGAAUGAAAUUCAACGUGUGCUCUUUGAGACUGUGCCGUGUCAAAGCAGUGGACGAAAUUGUCUAUAAAGCACCAAGCGAUACAGACGGCGACAACGAAACGCGCACGAGUUUUAACCAGAUCCAGACGCAAGCCAUUUCCGGAUACUACAUGAGUUAUAAGGUUCGAUUCGAAAUGCAAACUUGUUUCACCC